AUGUCAACAGAUAUAAAUGAAUGUGAGUAUGGCAACAAGCCAUGCAGUCAAAGCUGCAUCAACCAGCUGGGGACAUACCAAUGUUCGUGUUACACUGGCUUCAAACUUGGGCCAGAUGGAGUCUCUUGUGCAGCGUGUGAAAAACCUUACUAUGGUGAAAACUGUGAGAACAUCUGCCAGUGCAGCAGUCACGGGUCAUGUGACACAGUUAGAGGGUGUGUGUGUGAUGAGAGCUGGACAGGGGACAACUGUGAGCUGGACGUUAAUGAAUGUGCCCAGCCCAACUCAUGUCCUGAAGGUUUUGUCUGUAAGAACAAGAUUGGGUCAUUCUCCUGUGUGUGUCCAGAUGGAUAUAAACUAGACAAUGGAGCUUGCUUAGACAUUAACGAGUGCACAGAUAUUUUUUCAAACACAACCUGUGACAGACUUGUAGAAGUUUGUAUCAACACAGUGGGAAGCUACAGCUGUUCUUGCAAGAAAGGAUUUGCCAGGAAUGCUCAGUCUGUUUGUGAAGACAUCAAUGAAUGUGAACUGAAAGUAGACAAAUGUGAACAGAUUUGUGACAACAAACCUGGCUCCUUCAACUGUUUGUGUCAACAAGGUUUUUAUCUCUCUGAUGACAGGUGGAGCUGUGUCAAAGUGAAAGACCCUUGUGUUGGUCAAACUCUCAACUGCAGCUAUGGUUGUGGUGUUGAUGCUGACAAUGUGGCCACUUGCUAUUGCCCAAGAGGUUUUCAACUGAAAGGAACAGAUCUCUGUCAAGGUAUGUUCAAAAUUUAUCUGAAAUAG